AUGGAGAAAGAGUGUGUGUUGAAGGCGAUUUUCCUUCCUUUUCUGUCUACAAGUCACAUAAUUCCCCUUGUAGAUAUGGCAAGACUCUUCGCCAUGCACGGCGUUGAUGUCACCAUCAUCACCACCGCACACAACGCCACAAUUUUCCAAAACUCCGUUGACCUCGAUUCCACUCGCGGGCGUUCCAUCAGAACCCACGUUGUCAAUUUCCCAGCUUCCACGGUGGGUCUUCCACCGGGAAUCGAAGCCUUCAACGUAGACACUCCUCGCGAAAUGAUCCCCAAAAUAUACAUGGGUUUGGCCAUUCUCCAACCACAGUUCGAACAACUAUUCCACGACCUUCAACCCGAUUUCAUCGUCACCGAUAUGUUCCACCCUUGGACUGCCGAUGUUGCCGCCAAACUCGGCAUUCCGAGGCUUAUGUUUCACGGCGCUAGCUAUCUUGCGCGCUCUGCGGCGCAUUCUGUGGAACAGUACGCACCCCAUUUGAACGUGCAAUCCGACAACGAUAAAUUCACUUUACCGGAUUUACCCGAUAAAUUGGAGAUGACGCGUUUGCAGUUACCCGAUUGGCUUAGGUCUCCGAAUCCAUACACAGAGUUGAUGAAGACCAUUAAGGAAUCUGAAAAGAGAAGCUAUGGAUCGUUGUUCAAUAGUUUCUAUGACCUCGAGAGUGCUUAUUAUGAGCAUUAUAAGAAGGUUAUGGGGACCAAGAGUUGGGGCUUGGGCCCAGUUUCGUUAUGGGCAAACCAAGAUGAUUCGGAUAAAUCUGCAAGAGGAUACGCAGGAGAAAGAGAAAAUGAAGAGCAAGAGUGGCUUAAAUGGCUCAACUCGAAGCCAGAGAAAUCUGUUCUCUACGUGAGUUUUGGGAGCAUGAACAAGUUCCCUCAAUCCCAGCUUGUGGAAAUUGCGCAUGCGCUCGAAGAUUCAGGGCAUUGUUUCAUCUGGGUUGUUAGGAAAAACGGCGAGGGUGAAAACGAUGGUGGGUUUUUGGAAGAGUUUGAGAAGAGAGUGAAAGAGACGAACAAGGGUUAUCUAAUAUGGGGUUGGGCACCCCAGUUGCUGAUUUUGGAGAAUCCAGCGAUUGGAGGAUUGGUGACUCACUGUGGUUGGAACACGGUUGUGGAAAGCGUGAACGCGGGGUUGCCAAUGGUGACAUGGCCUCUUUUUGCUGAGCAUUUUUUCAAUGAGAGGCUUGUUGAUGUAUUGAGAAUUGGGGUGGGAGUGGGAGCGAAAGAGUGGAGGAACUGGAAUGAGUUUGGGAGUGAAGUGGUGAAAAGGGAAGAUAUUGGAAAUGCGAUUGCUUUGAUGAUGGGUGGUGGAAAGGAAGAUGCAGAUAUGAGGAGAAGGGCGAAAGAGCUAAGUGGUGCGGCGAAGAGAGCUAUUAAGGUUGGUGGUUCUUCACACAACAAUAUGGUGGAACUGAUAAAGGAUCUCAACGCCAUCAAACUUUCCAAGGUAAAUGAGCGGUUACCAGCAGUUAACACAAGUUAA